CCAUCAGAUUUAAGAAUAAAAGCACCAUCUCCAGCCUGAAGCUCCACAUUUGAGGACUUCAGAGGGUGACAACAUGGAGCUUCUCACCAAAACUCUGGUUCUGUUCCUAGUUUUUACCCUCAGUAAGGCGGCACCAGCGCAAGAUUCAGCCGUAAAUGAUGGAGGUGACGGUCCUGGUAAGCCAGACAGAUGUGAUGGUAUCCAGUUUGAUGCGAUCGCUCCUGAUGAGAAGGGAAAAGUUCAUUACUUCAAAGAUGGUUAUAUUUGGAAUAGCUUCAGAGGUCCGUCACAGCUCUCCAGUGAAUACUUCAGAGAUCUGAGUGGUCGUGUUGAUGCUGCGUUCCGCAUGCACAACACAGAGAACCCAGACAACCAUGACCACAUCUAUGUUUUCCAGGGUGACAAGGUUUCCAGUUACUUUAACCAAAGUUUGGAAGAGGGGUAUCCAAAGGGAAUUCAAGAAGAAUUUCCUGGAAUCCCAAAUAAUCUGGAUGCUGCUGUGGAAUGUCCAAAAGGAGAAUGCAUGACCAAUUCAGUGCUGUUCUUUAAAGGAAAUGAUGUGCAUGUUUAUGAUAUUGCCACCAAAGCCAUAAAAAUGAAAACUUGGGCCCAUCUACCCGUCUGUGCCUCUGCUUUGCGCUGGCUGGAGCACUACUACUGUUUCCAUGGACACAACUUCACCCGCUUCCACCCGGUGUCAGGAGAGGUGAAUGGGACCUACCCCAAAGAUGCCCGCCAUUACUUUAUGCACUGUCCUAACUUUGGUCAUGGAGGUGAUCGUACAGCUGUGAAAUGCAGUGACAUCAAACUAGAUGCCAUCACCACAGAUGAUGCAGGAAGAACUUACAUAUUCACAGGUCCCACCUACAUGCGCCUGGACACCCAUCGUGAUGGUCAUCACGCCUUUCCAAUCGCCAGAGGAUGGAAAGAAGUGACCAAAGGCGUUGACGCUGUCUUCUCCUACACCAACAAAAUCUACUUGAUUAAGGGUGAUCAGGUUUACAUUUAUAAGACAGACACUCACUUUACGCUGGUUGAAGGCUACCCAAAAACAGUCAAGGAGGAGCUUGGCAUUGAGGGACACGUGGAUGCUGCAUUUGUAUGUCCAUCUGAAGACACAGUUCACAUAAUCCAAGGAGCCAGGAUGCACGACGUAGACCUCUCUGCUACACCCAGGGUCGUUUCCCAAGGCGUACCAUUGCCCCUGUCUGGCAUCGAUGCUGGUCUGUGUGGCGCAGAUGGAAUAAAAAUAUUUAGAGGCUCACAUUUUUACAAGUAUGCAAGCCCCAUGAUACUGGCUAUGAGUAGGAUCGCUCCAUUUCCUGUGAAGAUCACCUCAGCAAUGGUGGGCUGUGAGGAUUAGGAACUAGAACGUUCCACAGCUUCUGAAAAUUGGGGGGAAAGACUGUUUUCAUACAUUUAAAACAAUAACGCCAAUCACCCUACCUGUUUAUGAGGAUUGGUGCAUUCUUUAAAACCGUCGGCGUUGAAUCCUGUGCAUAAUUUCUGACAUCAGUUGGAGAUUGUAAGCGCUGCAGAUGGCAAGCGCCAAUUUCUUGUUUCAAAUGUUAACAUCAACUUUAACCAAAUUAAACUUUCUGAUUUUCAUUUACUUUAUCAGGGUAUAAAGGUUUGAUUUUUUUAGAUUUUAAAUAAAGCUGUUGAUCCAACCUGUU